GCAGAGAUGCUGAUGCUGCGAUCGGGCAGUGCGCAUGCGCCAAGGUCUCAGCAAGAAUCGUUGAUCAUAAUCCGUGUUUAAACGACGUGCAGAAGUAAGCAGUCAUACAGCGAAUUUUCUCAACAUGACCUCUCGCGCUGGCCUCAGAAGUACCGGUACUAAUGGAAGUGACUUUAAACCUAGAGAGAGGGUUGUCCCACAUUACCAGAUGAGUGCUUCUCUGAAGUCUGAGGUGCGGAAGCUGAACUUGGUCCACCUUCUGAUCUGGCUGCUGGUGGCGUCCCAAGUGAUUGUGAGCCACUUCAACCUGGUGUCACAUGACACAGUGUCUGUACCAUACCAAUGGGAGUACCCCUACCUGCUCAGCCUCCUCCCACUGCUCUGCAGCAGCCUAUCACUACCAAAAAACAACAUCAGCUACCUGGUUUUAUCCAUGAUAAGUGCUGGGCUGUUCUCUAUUGCACCUCUUAUUUAUGGAGGAAUGGAGAUGUUUCCCGUAGCACAGCAGCUCUACCGCCACGGAAAAGCCUACCGCUUCAUUUUUGGCUUCUCAGCAGUCACCAUUAUGUACCUCAUCAUGGUGGUGGCUAUUCAAGUGCAUGCAUGGCAGCUAUAUUACAUGAAGAGUCUGCUAGACUCAUGGUUCAACACCACGCAAGAAAAAAAGAAGAAAUAAUUAAAUUAAAAUAUUUGUGAUUAGGCAAAAAUAUCUGGUAUAUUUUAGCUGUGUUAUUUUGAGGUCUGUUUUAUUUUUAUGACAUAACAUAAGUCUUUUGGUUUUAUUGUUUUCCAACACCAAGUUUUUAAUGAAGUAUAAUUCAAUUUGAAAAAUUGUAUUCUCUGUUCAACUCUUAUUAUUUCCUGAUACUAAAUAUAAGGCAUUAAAAUGGUUUGGGUUAUGUUUUAUUUUUUAUGAAGAUUAUCGUUAUUAUAAGUUCUCACCUAGCACAAUACAACUAGUUCACUGUGGUAAGGAGUAAAAAAGCAAAUGUGGGAAACCAAAAAUAAAUUCCAAUGUUUUUAUUUCAUUUUAUUUAUUUAUUUAUUUUUGCAUGUGCAGGAACCUUGAUGUUUGACUAAUUUUAAUUAUGAAACAUAAUAAAACAGCACUGUUCAAUAAUUAUAUGUUUAGCAUCACUUGAUUAUAUUUUGUUUACAGCUUUGUCAAAUAACAGUGAAGUAAUACAACUUUGUAAACGUAGAUGUGUAUAUACCAGAAUGUUUUGCAUUGGUAACAUGAUUUCAUUAACUAUAAAUAUAAAAUAUGCUUAGUAGUAAUAAAAAAUGGGUUACUUUA